UGUUGGCUACUGUUCUGCUCUUUCGCUUUUUCUCAUGGAUCAUUGUUUGAUUUAUAUUUGAAAAUGUUUAGGACCCCGGAAUGUCAACAAAUGAUCGUGAGCUGGAACUGGGAAAGGAUGCGGAUGAAUUCUUGCAUUAUGGCCAGAAUUACUAUGCGGAUGAAAUACAGAAGAUUGAGAAACUGAUCAACGAAGCGUUCGACAGGGUAAAUGUAAAACUGGGGACUAAAGAAGCAGAAACUGGAUUGGCACCACCCACAACGUGGGAUUUAGAAGGUGAUCGAAAGCGGGCAGAAAGCGAUCAUACCCUGCAGGUUGCCAGAGUGUGUAAGAUACUCGUAAACGAACAAAAUGAGGACUGCUACAUGGUCAAUUUGAGACAGAUGGCGAAAUUUAUAGUGGGACGAGGACAGGAUGUGGACAAGACAAUGAUUGAGGAGGGUAUGAGAGUGGGCGUCGAUCGUAUGAAGUACCAGAUCAUACUGCCGCUUCCAAGAAAAAUUGAUGCAUCCGUUACGUUGAUGCAAGUUGAAGAAAAGCCCAAUGUUACUUACGACGAUAUUGGUGGCUGCAAGGAAGAGAUAGAGAAGAUAAAAGAGGUUGUGGAGGCGCCACUACUUAACCCGGAAAAAUUUGUAAAUCUUGGAAUUGAUCCACCAAAAGGUGUACUUCUCUACGGCCCACCAGGUACUGGAAAGACGUUGUUGGCUAAAGCUGUAGCAAACAGGACCAAUGCCUGUUUUAUACGCGUUAUAGGAUCUGAGCUUUUGCAAAAGUAUGUGGGAGAGGGCGCUCGCAUGGUGAGAGAAAUAUUUGAACUUGGCAGGAGGAAAAAGGCAUGCAUUAUCUUCUUUGAUGAGGUGGAUGCGUUCGGUGGCACAAGAUACGCUGAGAGUGAUGACAACGAAGUACAAAGAACGAUGCUCGAGUUGAUAAAUCAAUUGGAUGGUUUUGAUAACAGAGGAAACAUAAAAGUGAUCAUGGCAACAAAUCGGCCUGAUACCUUAGAUCCUGCGCUUUUACGACCCGGCCGCCUGGACCGGAAGGUCGAAUUUUCUUUACCUGAUCUUGAAGGCCGGGUGAAGAUCCUCAAAAUACACACGCGUGUCAUGAGCGUGGAGAAAAACAUAAGGUACGAAUUGAUCGCACGACUGUGCCCGAAUGCUACGGGGGCCGAGCUCAGAAGCGUUUGCACGGAGGCAGGGAUGUUUGCCAUAAGAGAACGAAGAAAGGCGGCAACUGAGAAAGACUUUCUUAAUGCUGUAGAAAAGGUAAUUCAGGGAUAUGCUAAGUUUUCGGCCACGCCGAGAUAUCUUACGUAUAAUUAAAGAUAUGAGUUGGAUGAUUCUCACAUGGCGUAUAGUUCAGCUCAAAUUUAUUGUUCAUUCAAUGGUGUUCUAUGGAAAUGCUUUAUCGUUGUUUUAAACAUAUCUUGGACAGUUGCA